GUUUCCAACAACCAUUUGGUAUACCACAUCCCUCUCUGGAACCUAACAGAUUAUUCUUUCAAAUAUGCAAUCCCUCUUAUUCAUUUCUAAAAUAAACAUACAUAGUCAUUGGUAGCCGAAGAAAAUGUACUUCUUAUGAUUGAACUCCAGCACCCACUUAGAGAAUAUAAGUAACUUGGAAAAAUCCCAAAGUCCCAAAAAUUGCAUAAACCACACAACUCGACCCUGCAUUCUUCACAGACUUUCUGGAGCGAAGAUGAGAUUUCUCAUCUCAUCUCUUUUUUUUCUUGUAUUGUUUUCUUAUGCAGCUGCAUAUGAUCCAUUAGAUCCAAAUGGAAACAUAACAAUCAAAUGGGAUAUCAUAUCUUGGACAGCAGAUGGCUAUGUGGCUGCAGUAACGAUGAACAACUUUCAAAUGUACCGGCAUGUAAUGACCCCAGGAUGGACCUUGGGAUGGUCAUGGGCUAAAAAAGAAGUGAUAUGGUCAAUGAACGGGGCUCAAACCACUGAGCAAGGUGAUUGCUCUAAGUUCAAAGGGAACGUUCCUCAUUGUUGCAAGAGGAACCCCACAGUUGUGGACUUGCUUCCCGGUGUCCCUUACAACCAGCAAUUCACAAACUGCUGCAAAGGUGGAGUCUUGGCUGCUUGGGGUCAAGACCCAACAGCCUCUGUCUCUGCCUUCCAGGUGAGUGUUGGCUUAGCAGGCACUUCAAACAAGACAGUCAAGCUUCCUAAAAACUUCACCUUGCUUGGUCCGGGACCGGGGUAUACAUGUGGCAGGGCAAAAAUUGUGCCUCCUACCACCUUUCUGACUCCUGAUCGCCGCCGCAAGACUCAGGCUUUAAUGACAUGGAAUGUGACCUGCACUUAUUCACAGCUUCUGGCUAGAAAAAACCCAAGCUGCUGUGUCUCUCUCUCAUCCUUCUACAAUGACUCAAUCACUUCUUGUCCUACCUGUUCUUGUGGCUGCCAGAACAAGGGGAAUUGUGUCAAGAGCGACUCCAAACUUCUUAAAAUGGUGGGAAUACAUACCCCAAAGAAAAACAAUGCCCCACUGCUCCAGUGCACACAUCACAUGUGCCCGAUCCGGGUUCACUGGCAUGUCAAGGUCAACUACAAAGACUACUGGCGUGUGAAGAUCUCCAUUACAAACUUCAACUAUCGUCUAAACCAUACCCUUUGGACCCUGGUUGUGCAGCAUCCUAAUCUUAACAAUGUCACACAGGUUUUCAGCUUCGAUUACAAGCCUCUUGUUCCCUACGGGUCUAUAAAUGAUACAGGUAUGUUCUAUGGAAUGAAGUUCUACAACGACUUAUUAAUGGAAGCUGGGCCAUUCGGGAACGUUCAGUCAGAGGUUCUUCUCCGAAAGGACAUGAACACCUUUACUUUGAAGCAGGGAUGGGCAUUUCCUCGCAGAGUUUACUUCAAUGGCGAUGAAUGCGAGUUGCCCCCACCUGAUGCAUACCCUUACCUGCCCAAUUCUGCUCAUCAUUAUAAUUUACUUUCCUUCACAAAUUUUAUGUCGUCAUUGCUUUUCAUCCUUAUUGUUAUUCAUUGAUUGGUUGCCUAGAAUUGGAAUUCCUUUUAAGUGCCUAAAAAUUUUGAAAGCUAGCCAGCCAUACCUCGCCAUGAAAACAGAUCGUACAAACACUUAUGACAUUAUUUUUCGAAAGAACAAGAACCAAAGGUUGUGAAUAGAUAGAUUAAACAAAUAUGGACUCGCAAUCCAUUAGAACUUUCAUGGUUUCUUGUGCUGUAAUGUUAUAAUAAGUACUUAAUCUGUUUCCUCUUCUAAACUAGGGAGAGAUUCAAAGACUGAUAUAUUGUUAUUAUAAACUUUUGAGACACUUACACAAAUCAAAUAUAUAUUUUUUCUUUUCAA